AUGCUAUUCACGAAAGAUGAAAAGGAUAACGUGUUCGACCACCACGCUAUAUUGUCGAAUAUAUUCUCGUAUCUUGAUAUAAAAUCGCUAUUGACAUUUGCACAGACGUCGAAGCUGUCAAAUGACGCGGUCGAUACUUAUACAAGAAAGACGGCAUACAACCUCAUGCUACAUAGUGGGCCUGUACGCAAUAAUCUGAACUACUGUGAGUUACCCUCUGAAACUAUAUCUUGUAACAACAUCAUAGGGCGACAAAUGGUUGAAUUGUUCUUUACUGGACUCGUGACACUUCAGCCUAUUAGCAGAAGUAACUACUCGCCCAUACAGACACAGCUACGCAUGAACAAGAAUAUAUUCCCAAUCACGGAAGAAGCUAUGUCAGCGCAUACAUAUGUAUCAUUCGAUUAUAUCAAACCACAUUAUAUCGUUUAUUGUGACCAUCAGAAACCGAUGGCUCAUACAUGCGCAGCAUCGAAAGCACUCGAUUGUGAUAACAAAGCGGUUACCAAGGUCAUCACCUUGAACGACUUCAUUGUGGAAUAUUGCAGAAGACUAGUGGUACAAGAUCCAAACUCACAAGAGUGGGGAGUACCACCCUCAAUGGUCACUGCUGAAUACGUGGCGAUGAUGCUGAAAGUGACACUAGGCACUAUUUCCCAGUGCAUCACCAAACACUCAGGGCUCGUUGAGUAUCGCAGGACAGAGUACACAGCAAAUGCGACACAUCACAUUACACAUCGCAUUUGGCUACAACUAUCGCUCAAAUGGGAUUUCAGAUUCGGAGAAGACGCGCAAAAUUCAUUGUACCUCAAUAUAUUCGACCACUUCAGAUGGAACGGUUAA